CAGUCAGUACUGUCAGCAGUUGUUAUUAAUUAUACGUAGAAAAAAGAUUUUAUGUUGUUUUUAUUACAAUUGUGUACUUGUCAAUUUUGAAAUUGACCGAAAAUUAAAGUUUAAACACACGUUUUUGUUGUUUUUGAUUCAACAAUCCUUAUCGAUGCUGUAAUAAUACAAUCUUAAAAUAAAAACAACGGUGGGCCUUGUCCCUCUGGUAAAAAAUGGUUAGCCAAACUGCAAUAAUUACUACGGAGAAGAAACUCAGUAAUAAUGGAGACACAACAAUACAUAAUUUACCAAAUUCAAAUCCACCAAGUUUACCGUUUUAUCAAUUUAGCAAAAGAUACACAUUAGCGAUUUUUUCACAUAUUGGUUUAAUAUUAACUAUUUCGAUAUUUUCGUAUUCUCAAGAUGUGCUCCAAUCUAAUUAUGGUACGAUAUAUAAUAUGAGAUAUUGGUACAAGAUAAUGUACGUUCUUAUACAAAUACCUGCAGCUAUUUUUAGUUAUAAAUAUUCAGCUACACAUUUAUUUGGAAUCUGUAUUUUGGGUAAUUCGAUGCUAACUAUGAUAUUUCCAAUUAUAUCACAAUGGGAUGAGCCACCAGUUAUAUUAGUUGGACUAUUUCAUGGUCUUUUUAUGGGAGCAGCAAGCCCGUCAUUUUAUUCAAUAUGGCGAUAUUGGACACCACCGUUAGAACGUUCAACAUUAAUGGCAAUAGGAUGCACAGGAUUAAUUUCAAGUGGGGUUAUUUUUAAUUUAAUAUCAACAAGUGGUUUAUUUAAUUUGGAAAAUAUUUUAAAUGUUUAUGGUUUUUUGGGAAUAUUUUGGUUUUUUGCAUGGCAUUGGGUUGCAUUCGAACAUCCCUCUCAACAUCCAAGUAUAACCGAGCAAGAAUUAACAUAUUUACAACAAAAUAUUACCAUAAAACAUGAAACAACAAUGCCAUCUAUACCUUGGAAAAAAAUAUUUUUCAACAUGCCAAUAUUUACGCUGAUUCUUGUUAAUUUUGUGCAUAGCUUAACAAGACCAAUGUUAUCGCAUGUAGGGCAUUUAAUUUUUUUUGUUAACUCUUAUUUUUUCAAUAAGUUGUUAAUAAUUCUUGUAAUCAGUUACGUGGCUGAUUUACUUUUACGAAAAAAAUCAAUUUCAACAACAAAUUUAAGAAAAAUUUAUAUAUGCGGUGGUUUGAUACUGAGUGUCCUCGUAAUUUUAAUAGAACCAUAUUUUGGCUGGGGUCCAUCGAUAUGGGACUCGAUAAUAUCGUAUAGCGCACUAAUUAUUUAUUGUUUACCAUUUGUUGGAUUAUUUGCAAAUCAUUUGGACAUCGCUGGACAAUAUGCUGGAAUUACAAUUGCUUUGACGAACAUGCUAAUAGAAGUGGACAUGGUUUAUAUGUUGGAUCAUUAUUUGAAUAUUGAAAUUUAUCAAAUUAUACAUUUUAUAAAUAGAUACACUUUUAAUAAAUUUUCAUACACGAUAUUUGUUGGGGUAGCAUUAUUGUAUUACAUGUAUGGAACUAGUAAACAACAAGAUUUGGACAAAGAAGAGAAGAAAGAGGAAUUUACUAUCAGUACCAUAAUUAUGGGAGUAAACAUGGAAGUCAGAUCUCCCCUCCUCGAAGCUCCAGGAAUUAAACAUUAAAAAUUUAGAUCAUUAAAUUAAAUUGUUACUUAAUUUUAUAAAUAUUUAAAUUGUAUAUUUUUAUAAUAAAUAAAAUAUAAUAAUUUUC